CUUUGCGGGGGCGGAUGUGACCCACGCGGGGUGCACGCAGCCGGAGCGGGGCUGGGGAGGGGACCGGCUCUCCGGGGUUUAGGCCGGGGAAGGGUCCGGAGCUCCGAAAGAGGGGGAGGCUGAAGGCCUGGGCUCCUCUGAGUCCUCUCGAAGACCGGCUGGGGAUCUCGAGAUCUGGGUUCCUGGAUCCUCGAGGGAGGAGGAGGCUGGGAGUCUGGAAUCCUGGGCUCUCAAAGGGAAGGGGCCAGACCAUGUCGCCCGAAGAGUGGACAUAUCUAGUGGUCCUUCUUAUCUCCAUCCCCAUCGGCUUCCUCUUUAAGAAAGCUGGACCUGGACUGAAGAGAUGGGGGGCAGCAGCCGUGGGCCUGGGGCUCACCUUGUUCACCUGUGGCCCCCACACUUUGCAUUCUCUGAUCACCAUCCUUGGGACCUGGGCUCUCAUUCAGGCCCAGCCCUGCUCCUGCCACGCCCUGGCCCUAGCCUGGACCUUCUCCUACCUCCUGUUCUUCCGAGCGCUCAGCCUGCUGGGCCUGCCCACUCCCACGCCCUUCACCAAUGCCGUCCAGCUGCUGCUGACACUGAAGCUGGUGAGUCUGGCCAGUGAAGUGCAGGACCUGCACCUGGCCCAGAGGAAGGAAAUGGCCUCGGGCUUCAGCAAGGGGCCCAACCUAGGGCUGCUGCCUGACGUCCCCUCUCUGCUGGAGACGCUCAGCUACAGCUACUGCUACGUGGGAAUCAUGACAGGCCCGUUCUUCCGCUACCGCACGUACCUGGACUGGCUGGAGCAGCCCUUCCCGGGGGCCGUGCCCAGCCUGCGGCCCCUGCUGUGCCGCGCCUGGCCGGCCCCACUCUUCGGGCUGCUCUUCCUGCUGUCCUCGCAUCUCUUCCCGCUGGAGGCUGUGCGCGAGGACGCCUUCUACGCCCGCCCGCUGCCCGCCCGCCUCUUCUACAUGAUCCCCGUCUUCUUCGCCUUCCGCAUGCGCUUCUACGUGGCCUGGAUUGCCGCCGAGUGCGGCUGCAUUGCCGCUGGCUUCGGGGCCUACCCCGUGGCUGCCAAAGCCCGGCCCGGGGGCGGCCCGACCCUCCAAUGCCCACCCCCCAGCAGUCUGGAGAAGGCGGCUUCCGUGGAAUACAACUAUGAGACCAUCCGCAACAUCGACUGCUAUGACACAGACUUCUGCACGCGGGUGCGGGAGGGCAUGCGGCACUGGAACAUGACGGUGCAGUGGUGGCUGGCGCAGUACAUCUACAAGAGCGCGCCUUUUCACUCCUACGUCCUCAGGAGCGCCUGGACCAUGCUGCUGAGCGCCUACUGGCACGGCCUCCACCCUGGCUACUACCUAAGCUUCCUGACCAUCCCGCUGUGCCUGGCAGCCGAGGACCAGUUGGUGUCUGCCCUGCGGGGACGGCUCAGCCCCGGGGGCCAGAGGGUCUGGGACUGGGUGCACUGGUUCCUGAAGAUGCGAGCCUACGACUACAUGUGCAUGGGCUUUGUGCUGCUCUCGCUGGGCGACACCCUCCGGUAUUGGGCGUCUGUCUACUUCUGCAUCCACAUCCUGGCCCUGGUGGCCCUGGGGCUAGGGCUGGCUUUGCGUGGGGGCAGCCCCAGCCGGAGGAAGACGGCGUCGCAGGCCACCAGCCUUGCCCCGGAAAAGCUCCGGGAGGAGUAAGCUGCCGCAACGCUCUCUCCCUCAAAAGCCACCGAGCUUUUGCCUGGGAAUUCCGUGAACCAGGCUGUCUCCUUGCUCAGAAAGAGUCCUGAAUUUGGCUGGGGGCCUGGGGAGGAUUCCCAUUCCCCCAGCUCAGCACCCUGCCUCCGAUGAAGCACGGCUGGGGGCUCUCUGCUUCCCUGCCCUUCGCCUUGAAGGCUGCAGGACAGUUUUCCCUACUGUCAAAUCAAGGUGUCCAGAUGAGAAUCUCGCUUUGUCCCUGCCGCACUUUCCAGGUAUUCAGAGAGAGCUGCGCUUCCCCCAACAGCAGGGCCAAUGGGCCACCCGGCUCCUCGGGCAAGUGCCCUUUGGAUCCGCAGGGCGGGUGUAGGAGCUUCAGGUUCUGGGAGUGGGGAACCUCUUCCUUGUGGCUUUCACUCUCUUUUAUCUCAUCCAACCAGUGUUUCAGACCUAGAAAGGAACAAAACCCUCUCGUUUCCUAAAGGGGAAACUGAGGCACAGGUGAGCAGGCUUUUGGACUGUGGUUGUUGCAGCUUCCAUCUGAGCCACCUCAGGGUCCCAGUGCUCCUGUCACCCUCUUGUCAUCCUUUGGCCCAAGACAGGGUCAGAAUGUGUAAAGCUCUCCCAAUAAAGUGUUGCACAAAGA